AUGGAGGUGAACGACAACAACACCCUCCAAAGUGGGGAGGCGGGCGAAGAAGGGGCGCCGCAGGUGCGCCAGCGGAGCGCGCCGGGGUCGCCCCCGCCCCCGCUGCGGGUGGUCAAGUUCGCUUCACAGCCGGAGAGCCGGCACGCCGACUCAAAAGAUGACGAUGUGGCCGAGGUCCGCAAAGAAGAGGGAGAAGAAGGAGAUGAUGGAGGCGAGGAAAAAGAUGAUUUCGAUUUCGCCGACGAUGACGUCAUGCUGAAUCUCGUCAACGAGCAACAGCAGCACAACGGCGGCUCGGGCAUCGAGAGAAGGGAUUCGGCGUGGAUGAUGGCCCACCAGGCCGGCCAGGCCGUCAGCGAGUGGCUCCAGCGCAAGGACCGCGAGCGGGCCACCCCCAACGGGCGACCGGUCUCGCCCCCGCCCACAACCACCACUGGUGGCCUGCCCGACCCGCUACUCGACCCCGCCGCCCUCACCAGCACCACCUCCGCCGGCCGCAAGCCUCCGUUCCAGACCUCCCAGCGCGUCAAGUCGGUGGGGUUCUUCUCGUUCAGCCGGUACGACACGCCGUCGAAGGAGGGCUGGCUCACCAAGCAGGGCGGACGGGUCAAGAACUGGAAGCGGCGAUGGUUCAUUCUCUCGGAGGACCGGCUCUACUACUACAAGAAGCCCGGCGACAUGACUCCGUUGGGUUUCAUCCCUCUUUCCCGGUGUUGCAUCCGCAUCACCGAAAUGCGACGACGAGGCCGACGGCUGCGGUACAGCUUCGAGUUGUACGAUCCGCUGGGCGUGUUCUGCCGGCGCCACCCGGCCUUCUACAUUUUUGCGGACAACGAAGAGGAGUUGGAGGAGUGGAUUCGCGCGCUCAACCUCAAGGUCGCCGACUCGCCGAUGAAGAAUCUGCGGGUGGAGGAGCCCGUGAUCGACAUUCACCCGAUCGAGCGCCAAGGCUGGCUCACCAAGCGCGGAGGCAUUGUCAAGAACUGGAAGCGGCGAUGGUUCGUGCUGCGGGGGAACAUGCUGUACUACUACCGAAACACCAAGAUCAAGACGCCGCUUGGCUUCAUCCCCGUCGACCGGUGUUCGGUCGAGUUGCUCAACACGGACGACGAUUUCAAGAAGCACGGCAUCCGCUUGCCGAGGCGGAAGCAGGGCUUCGUGUUCCAGAUCACCGAUCCCUGCUCGGCGUUCAACCGGUGGCAUCCGAGUUACUACCUGAUGGCGGAGACGGAGGAGGACAUGGACGAGUGGAUCGCAGCGAUCUGCACCAUCAAGCUGCUCGACUUUGACGCCUCCCAAAUCACCGACAGCUCGCCGAGCGAGUCCUUCCGCCGCGCGACCAAUGAAGAUGAGGUGCUGGUGCAGCUGAGCGGGGAGAUCGACCCGGACGCGCUGGCGCGGCAGUACGGAAUGGAGAACAAGGGACCCGUCGCGUCCCUCCCCAACUCCUACCGCUUCAAGAAGACCUCCUCCGCGCCCCGCAACGUCAUCUCCGCCCUGGGCAAGCAGAAGGGCGUCACCCUCAACAAACGCAGAUUUUCGCUGGGGUCGUCAUCGUCGUCGUCGGGCAGCGCGUCGUACUCGCGCACGUCGUCGCUUUCGCUGUCGUCGUUCCGGCUGAGCCUGCCCGAGCCGCUUUCGACCGAGGCCUCGGGCGAGCUGAAGGGCCUCCCGCGCGGCGUCGAUCUGUUCAGCGACGACGGCAGCGGCGUCGAAGGUGAAGAUGGCGACGACGAGUGGGAGGAGAAGAGCAUCGGCCUCGUGUGGCGUAACUCCUAUGUCGCCCCACGCCCACACAAGAACGGCGGCGGCAGCGGAAUCGGAGUUAUAGAUUUAGAUACCAGCCGCGAGGGCUCGCUGGUGAUGGUCGAGGGCGAAGACGACGACGAUGGCGACGACAACGAAGAGGAAUCGGUCGACGACGCCGAGCAAAAGAAGAAAAAGAAGCAGCAGCUCCAGCAGCUCCAGCAGCAGCCGCGCAACGUUGCGUUCAAUCGAGAGAUGAAGGCGCUGGCGAGGGAUCAGGAGAAGCGAAUGACGGCCGUCGUGUCGAUGCUCAACUUUUUGUACAAGGCCGUCAAGAAGCGGUCCGCCAAGGCCGUCGCCGCCACUACGAAGGGCACGCCGGCGCAGGCCCAGAGCAAGGCCCGGGAGGAGGUGCUCGAGAACCUCUUCAACACCACCUACGACGACCUCAAGUACCUCGAGGUCCUCAAGGAGCUCCUCCAAUCCGACAACGAUCAGCUGGUGCGGGAGGACACGAUCGAGGAGAUCAUGGUGGGCAAGUUCAAGGGCGCCGAAGAACUCGGGCUGCCCCUGUCCCUCUUCUGCGCCCUCAAGACCGCGCACCAAGUUCGUGUGGUGUCGAGCCUGAUGCUGGACUACCUGGCCUCUCUCACGUCGCCCAUUCUGCCCCACUACCGCCAAAUCAUCGCCCUUCGAGAGUAUGCGGGGGAGCAGCGGACAGCGCGGCUGAGGACGAUCAUCGCCCAGCUCGACCGGCCGCGGCAUCGCAUCCUCCGCCGGCUGCUGGGCCUCAUCAAGCGCAUCGGCGAGCUAGCGGCCCUCUCCAAGAACGGGCGCGCGCUGACGGUCCCGCAGAUGGCGAUUGUGCUGGCGCCGUACAUCAUUCGUCCGACGAGCCAGAGCGGCGAGAUCGGCUCGGGCUCCGGCGGCGGCGACGACCUGGGAGACACCCUCAUCGAGCCCUCCAAGUGCAUCGACUCGCCCAAGCCCAUCGGCUUCCCCCUCACCCCGCGCCGACGCGAGAUCGUGCGCUCCGACUGGACGCACAUUACGGAGCUGAUCACCAAGAUGGUGGCCGACUUCGAGGCGCUGUUCCACCACCACAAGCAGCAGCAGCCCAACAACAAGAAUUCCAAGAACCGCCAGGCCAUCAGCGAGAAGACCUGGAACCUGCUCUCGUCCGGCCCCGCGACAUCGACAUCGACAUCAUCGUCGUCGUCGUCGUCGAUCCCGCCGCCGCCACCUCCCCCGUCGGCCUGGGUGUCGGGCGCGAAGAAGAGCACCAACGCCGAGAGACCCGAGCACCGGCGCGAGCGAUCCCUGGGCUCCAUCUCCGCCCAAUCGACGGGCGUCUAG